AUGAAGUUUUUGACAUCCUACGUGUGGCUGUUGGCCAUACUGCAGGUAUCGUUUGCUGGACAAGUAAUAUCAACAAAUACUCAACCUAUCGUAGUGCCUUCUCUCAAAUCCUGGACUGGAGGAAAGGGGGAGUUCCUUCUCAAGUCAGGAGCACGAAUUGUAGUAUCAAGUAACUACAAGCAAGAAAAUGAUAAAAAUUCAAGAAUGGAAAAUCCGGCGGAUUUGAAACAGGUAGCCAAUAUGCUUGCCGAAGAUAUCGUUGCUUUAAGCUCUCUAUCGCUGAAGGUGGUAAUUGGUAUUCCUGCUCCGGAUGAUUUAUACCUCCAACUAGGUCACCAGGCGAACCAAACGAGUGACGAAGCAUAUACUAUGAAGAUCAGCAGCAAUUCUAUCGUCGUAUCCGGAAAAACCUCCAGAGGAAUCUACUAUGGCACACGGUCUCUAUUACAAAUCAUGAUCCAGUCAAAAAAUAAACGAACUUUACCGGUUGGCAGUAUUGAGGAUUGGCCAACUUAUCAGAUCCGAGGAUUUUUCUUGGAUGAUGCUCGCAAAUUCUUCCCAGUAUCUUUUCUUCAGGACUAUGCUCGGUUUAUGGGCUGGUUCAAGCUCAAUACCUUUCACCUUCAUUUGAACGAUAAUGAUUUCCUAGCCAAUGCUACUGAUCCUACUUGGAAAACCAAAUAUGCCGGAUUUCGGCUUAAGACAAAUAAUCCCAAGCUUUCAGGAUUGGCCCGUGGAGAGAAUGAAUGGUACACCAAGGAACAGUUCCAAUCCAUACAAAAAGUUGCCAAAGCAAACGCAUUGACUAUACUCCCAGAGUUCGACAGUCCAGCUCAUUCACUUGCAUUCGUUCAAUUCAAACCUGAGAUUGGUUCUUAUCCUGUUCUUGAUAAUUCGUACCUGAAUCUGAACAAGAGCGAAACAUAUGAUUUUAUGAUGUCAGUGUGGGAUGAAUUUGCACCUUGGUUUGACUCAAAGACUCUUCAUAUUGGUGCCGAUGAGUAUCCUUCAAGUCAAGCAGCUCAAUUCCGCGAUUAUGUAGACACCAUUGCAAGAUAUAUUUGGGAAAAGCAUGGAAAGAAGCCACAAGUGUGGGGAACCGGUAUUGAAUUUGACAAGAACCAGACCUUAUCCAUCGAUACCAACAUUACAAUCAGUCACUGGGCAAACUGGGAAGAUAAUCCAAAAAAUGUGACAAACAAUGGUUACAAGAUAAUCAAUGUAAACGAUGGUGGCCCAGUUUCUUCUUACAUUGUUCCAAAGAGUGGCGGCGGAGGUGACAAAAUCGAUAGUGUUCAGUACUUGGCCCAAUAUAGUCCUCCCAUUUUCGGCACGGGCUACAAUCUUGAGUCUCAAAAGCAACUGGACAAUGUUCUUGGAGGCAUGUUCGCAGUCUGGUUCGAUAAUCUUGGGCCAUCCACAACUCGAUGGGAAACUCACAGUAUUGUAGGGGAUACUAUGGCUGCCAUUUCUGAGAUUCUAUGGAACGGAAGUCAGAACACUACGGACCCCAAAGUCUUUUUCUCAAACGUGCAAACGGUCACUCAAGGUCCGGUCAAUCUAAAACUAGAAAUCUCUUCAAAGAGCGACACUCUCUUGAACUUUACUUUUGAUGGAGCUCAUGGAAACGUGCUAAAGGAUGCUUCUGGUAAUCGUUAUGACGCAAAAAUCUCAGGAGCAAAGUGGGUAGGCAAGCACUUUGCACAGGCGCUUGAAUUCAGUGGAAAAUCUUCUGUGGUCAAGGUUGACCUUGGAACGAAAGGAUUCAACUCCACUCUUUUCAUGACACUGGAUAUCAGUUCUACUCAUCCUAGUACAAUAUUAUCCUCAGAUGAAGGAGCAAUCAAGAUUUCGCAAUCUGAGAUCUCAAUUAGCAACGAUAACUACACCUACAGUAUCCAGUUUAACACCACAUUGGUAAAGAAGGCCGAUAUUGCCAUUACUUCAGCUGCCUAUCCUGUUGGAUCAAAACUGUACCUUGAUGGAAAGUAUCUAGCGAAUUUCACUUACUUCAUACCACGCACGUCGAGAACUGUUUCAAUGGGUCUAGUUACACCGCUCGAUUACAUUGGCAAAGGAUUCAGUGGAAGAAUAUCUGCAUUCCAAGUUUACGAUCGUAUCCUUUCGUCAGACGAAAUUGCUGGAUUGUCAAAGGAAGUUAGCUAGUUGACAUUUACCGUAGUUAGCAGUAAAGCGCAAAACUCAGGUGAAAUUGCUCAGAGGCAUUUCAGCGAGUUUAUUGACUGAUGUGUAUUUUCAAGUUAUCGACGGCUCUCUUUCAAGUAAGGGGAAAAGAAGAAAUAAAGAAAGUAG